CUCAAUUAGACACUGCUGCUAAUGAUUGACUCGCGAGUCAAUGUUUAACUCAUCGGUGGGUGCCACCUCAUCGCGAGAACAGCUCAGUCUUUGUUUUUCUGACCUUAGAGUCGAAGUAAAGCCCCACCUGGGAGUGAUACACACAUGAAUCAAUAUCCAAGCUUUUUGCACAAGUGAGAAGUUCUCUCAAAUGUCCAGCUUACAUAUGAAUAUUGAUUGCAGCACAUGCCGAGAGGGCUGGCUGCCCUUUGUCGGAGCGCUUUGCUGAAAUACCUCUCUCUCUCUCUCUCUCUCUCUCUCUCUCUCGCUCUCUCUCUCUCGCUCUCCGCAGGUCUGUGGUAUGGUCAGAUGAAUCCCCUCUCCUGGACGGCGGAAAAUGUGAUGGAGUGGAUCAGCGCCCAAGCUGACAGCGCCAAGUUUGAUGCCAGUACCCUAACUCUGUCCUACUGCGCCAUGGACGGCCACAGCUUCUGCCAGAUGACCCUGGAGCAGAUGAUCAUGGUGUUUGGACCUCAGCUUGGUCCGCACCUUCACCAAAACUUGCAAGAACACAAAGCCAAAUAUGAACUGACCAACCUAUCAGGACCAGAGCUCCAUGAAACCUGCCAGCUCCUCGAUAGGUUCCUACACAACCUAAACCUCCCAGACAAUGUGUCCUUCCCCUUGAUCAGCACCGUCAAAUUUGGUGAAGACUCGCUCGGUAAAAUGGCAUUGGACAACGGUGAUAACGGAGAUCCGUUCAGCCUGAUCAUGGGGGCCAUGACGCCUGUGCCAGACGAGUAUCUGUCCGAUAAUCAGUCUGAAAGCGAGUGGAGCUCUUCAUCCAACAGCGGCCUGUUUGGCUUCUGCAACCUUGGCUCGCCAGAGUCUGGCAGUGGAGAAUCUGACCCGGAGUUCUCCUACCCUGUGAUUUCAAAAACGCUGAUUAAGAAGGAGAAAGCAGAGUCGCAAAUUAAACGACCACGGGGGCGACCUCCUAAAGUCAACAGAGAGCACAGCCAUAUUUAUGACCCUUCAAAGAAAAAUAAACAUGCACCUCGGGGGACUCAUCUUUGGGAGUUCAUCCGAGAUAUUCUCAUUCACCCGGAAAAGAACCAGGGCCUGAUGAAGUGGGAAGACCGCCGCGAGGGCGUUUUCAAGUUCCUCAAGUCUGAGGCGGUGGCUCAAAUGUGGGGCCAAAAGAAGAAGAACAGCAGCAUGACGUACGAGAAACUCAGUCGCGCUAUGAGGUACUACUACAAACGCGAGAUCCUGGAGCGGGUCGACGGACGGCGGCUGGUCUACAAGUUUGGAAAGAAUUCCAGCGGGUGGAAGGUUGAAGAGCUGGGAAUGAGCAUGUAAAGCUUUCAUUCUCCAUGGCAGUUGAAAUGAAAGUCGUUCCGAACUUGAAUGACCUGCUUGUCCUGUCAAUGGGAAAAAGUCGCUGCCCAAAUGUUAAGACACGAACUUCCUUUUUGAAGGAAGGUGUUGCAGAAAACGUAAGCCACUCUUUUGGGCUCCUGUAGGUUUUGUGAACCAAUUUUAAUGUUGUUGUGUACGUGUGCAUGUGCUUGAUUGGCAUGAAACUCAAAUGUUUUCUUGCAUUGUAUUAAUACGUUGUUUUUUUAAAGUUUCAAUAAGUCGGGCUUUGUGACUUUCAAUGAGCUGAGAAUCGACUGGAUUCCCUUCUGUUAUACUCACUGGAAAAGUGUAAAAAACAACAACAACAACAACCAUAUUGUUGCAACGUGCAGUUGGACUUCACUUGUGCAUGGAAAGAUUGUAACAACGCGGGCUACGUCUUUUGGCAUCACUUAUUAUAAAGUGAUUUGUUUUGAAGAGAAAUAAGUGGUCUUUUGCCAUUUAUAAAUGUUUCAUCUGGUUGUACCUUUUGUCAUGGCCAUCCACCAACGUGUCCCCCAUUUUGGAUGUGGGAUGAAAACGUGACAUAGCUUCUGUAUUUAUUUCCUUUUUAUGCACCUUGGCUGUUGUUUGUAAAGAUUUGUACGUGCAGAAGAAUGAAACAAUAAAUGUUUGAAUUCAA